ACAAAAAACUUUUCGAUUUCAAAUCAAUUUUUUUAGCAGUUUAAAACACCCUAAAAAACUUUUUGAGUAAAUUUUUCAUUGAUUAUGAUUAUCUCUAUGUUGGUUUCUUUUGUUUAGUCGAUCGAUCGAAUGGCAGAAAAAAUAUUUAAUUUAAUUGGAUAUAAUUCGAACGUGAAAAAUUUGGAAAAUGAUCAAAAAGAAUCAUCAUCAACAACGAAAUCAAUUACAUUCGAAUCAAUCGAAACUAGUGAUCAAUAUUGUAAAUUUCGUAGCCAAAUUGCAUUAAAACGUCAUGCAUUGGAUGAUAAUGAUGGUAAUAAUUUAUGGACAAUAUAUGAAUGUGGUCCAAAACAAAUUGAUUGUCCAAUAAUAUUUUUACCACCAGUAAGUGGUACAGCUGAUAUAUUUUUUCAACAAUUAUUAUAUCUAUCGGAUCGUGGACAUCGUGUUAUUGCAGCUGAAUAUCCGGAUUAUUUUUCUAUCGAUGAAUUCAAUAUUGGUUUCGAACGUUUCCUCCAUUCAUUUCAAAUACGUCGUGUACAUAUUUUCGGUGCAUCAUUAGGUGGAUUUUUAGCACAAAAAUUUGCCGAAAAAUAUCCUGAACGUAUUGCAUCAUUAAUUCUUUGUAAUUCAUUUGCCGAUACAACAAGAUUUCGUUUUGUAAACACUAUUCCACUGAUAUGGAUAAAUCCAACAUCAGUAUUACGAAAAUUAUUCAUUGCAAAUCGAAUACCUGUCGAUGCUGAUGAACGAAUACAUUCAGCAUAUGAAUUUAUGUCCCGGAAAUUAUCAUCAUUAACACAUCGACAAUUAGUAGCACGUUUACAUUUAAAUUUAACUGAAAAUUAUGUUCAACCUGAAUCACUUCAAUCACUAACGAUUACAAUAAUCGAUGUAUUUGAUGAAUGUUCAAAUAGUGAACAAACACGUAUUGAAAUGUAUAAAAUGUAUCCGGAAGCACGAUUAGCACAUCUUAAAUCAGGUGGUAAUUAUCCUUAUCUAAGUCGUCCGGAAGAAUUAAAUCUACAUCUUUUAGUUCAUCUUCGACAAUUUAAUCAAACUGAAUUGGCAUCUAGUGUACAUUUUUUACCCAAAGAAUCUCAACAACAACAACCAUCAUCAUCAUCAUCAUUAUCAUUAUCAUUAUCGGAUGAUGAACCAAAACUCAACAAUAACAUUGAGUAAUAACACUGUGAU